AGUUAUCUCAGUACUUCUCCAGGUAUUGAACUAUACACGGAGCUGGAUAAUUCCUCGUAUUUCAAAACAGAAUUGAGAAUAAAGAAUUAAGUUUCUAGUGUAAAGGCAGAAAAAGUUCCUUUCUUAAAGUGUAGUGGUUUAAAGAGGUCCUUGAGAAGGAUGGAUUUCCAGAAUAUCUUGGUGGUCGGAGGAUCUGGGGCAGGAAAAUCAUCCUUUAUCAGAUUGCUCCUUGGACGGUAUGCUAUUGGAGAAUCCCGAGGUUUCUACACCCAUGAAGGGUACCUGGAUACAUCCAUCCCGAUCAGGGUAAUCGAAUGUCCACCAGUCCGUGAGGAGACUCAGGGAGAUUACUACUCUGCCAUGGAAGAUGCUGUUUCUGGAUUAAAUUCUCCGAUCCAUCAUGUGAUCGUGAUUGUUAAAUACAGUCCUCUCGGUUUCGGAGGGUUCAGAUUGGACAAGGAGAAAAAUAUCCCUGAGUUGGAACUACUCACUCUCAGACGGAUAUUAGGAGAUGGUCUUAGGGAUAUUAUCACACUGGUUGUAUCUAACUGGAGUAGACAGUUUGCUCGUAUAGCAGAUCGAAGACAGAAAGGAAUAUCCGAGAAUAUACUGAUUGAAAAACUUAAAGUUGAGCUGGCCUAUAGUCUCAGUAUGACAACGGUUCCAAUAUACUUCAUGGAUACAGUAUUCUGGAGGACCGAGCAGAAAAGUGGGAUGGUUCCAAACACUCUACCAACCACCAAGGAGACCCUGGAUACUAUGCUGGAGGAGAUGAUGAAGACUCCAGGUACUGAGAGGAGAAAACCUAUUCAGCAAACCAUUAGGAACUUAGAGAAGGCGGAGACAAAACCUUUCAAUCAGGGCAUCAGUCACAAAGACAAAGUGGAGAAGCAACCCUUCAAUCAGGGUAUCAGACACCAGGACAAGGGGGAGAAGCAAACCUUCAAUCAGGGCAUCAGACACCAGGGCAAGGUGGAGAAGCAACCCUUCAAUCAGGGCAUCAGACAAAGACAAAGUGGAGAAGCAACCCUUCAAUCAGGGUAUCAGACACCAGGACAAGGGGGAGAAGCAAACCUUCAAUCAGGGCAUCAGACACCAGGGCAAGGUGGAGAAGCAACCCUUCAAUCAGGGCAUCAGACACCAGGACAAAGUGGAGAAGAAACCACCUCGACAUACUCCGCAAAGAGGGGAAACAUUAAACCAAACCAGAGAGAUAAAUGUUGAUGAUUUAUCAAACUCCUCCCUA